AUGGCGUCGUGGCAGCUUUCCGUUCUCGCCCUCUGCACGCUCGCGUCUCUGUUGGCGCAUGCUGCGGCGCGGCCUACCAAGGAGGACUUCAUUGACGAAUUAAAGAAGACUCGAGACGCGCUUGCGGAUUCCAAGCUGAACAACCGAUAUUACGCCACCCACACGCUCCUCGACCACGUCAUCCCUCAACUGGAGACCGACUGGAACCCAAACGAAGACUUCCUCAACAAAGUCGACGGCAAGACCAUGCUGCUGCCCGAGGACAGCGUCAUUGCUACCAAAGCCCCGGACGCGCUCGCCAUGAUGGUGAAAUCCGGCAUGAGGCGCGGCGAAGUCGACCCUUUCACCAAGCUCUUUCGCGCGCAGAUGCUCGACGGUGUCUACAACUCCGAGGACGACCUCGCGAAGGCGUCAGGGCUGAAGGACGUGAAUGGUCGCAGCGUGGGGAAGGAUGAGAUUGUGGACGCGACGACGAAGUCGAAGAAGGUGGCGAUCGGAAAGGGCAAGGCUAAGAUUAAGAAAGCUGGGCUUUACAAGGGAAGGUUUCUUACCAUCCAUGGCGUCGACGCGUCGCAGCCGGAAGAGCUGCUCCUGCAUUCUCCUCCCCAUGUGCUCUCCGCGCUGGCUCUGCCCGAACCAGCAGCCUUGCAGCAAGAGCACUGCUGUCUGCAGCGUUGCUGUCUGCAGCACUGCUGUCUGCAGCACGGCU